CGUUUGUGUUGGCUGUUCCUCCCUCCUCACCAGGCAGGGCCCUCGCGCCGCCGCCGCGGCGACCCCCCACCCCAACGGUCACAGCUCACCUCAGCUGAGCUCACCUCGCCGCGGUCCGACCCGGCGACCCCGACCGACCGACCCUCCUCUCUCUCAGCUAGCAGUAUUAGUACCACCACCCCGCGCCCCCUCCCGCACCAAACGGCUACUCCCUCCCCCCACCGCCUUCUUUCAGAACCUUCCGCCGCCCGCCCGCCCGCGACGAUGCCGCCGGCGCCGGCUGCGCGGAAGAAGCGCCUGGUCCGCGCGGGCCUCCUAACCGCCGCGGUCGGGUACUUCGCCUUCGUGCUCCUCUUCGAGCUCCCCUUGCUGCCCUUCCUGGCGUCGUCGUCCUCCCCCGCCGCCACCUCCUCCUCCUCGUCGCUCCCCUUCCAGCACCCGCGCCGGCGGGAGCUAGAGGCCGCGGCGGCGGCGUUCACGUCGCCGUACUCCCCCGCCCGCCCCUCCAAGCCAGCCUUCCCCGCCGCCGCACCGGGCCCGAGCUCAACGCCCCGGCUCCCGAUCUUCUCGUCCCUCCUCCUCCUCCCGCGGCCCAACGCCACGGCCACCCCGUUCGACACCACCGCCGCCGACGCCUUCGCCGCGGCCAAGCCGCACCUCGCCCACCUCCAGUCCAUCCCCAACCCCGCCUCCGCCUCCACCUCCGCGUCCGCGCCCGCGUCGUCGCCGCCGCCGCCGACAUGCCCCGCGUCCAUCUCCGUGCACCGGGAGCAGCUGCCCUACGACGGCGUGCGCGUGGUGGAGCUCCCCUGCGGGCUCGCCGUGGGCUCGCACGUUACCGUGGUGGCCCGGCCCCGACCCGCCAGGCCCGAGUACGACCCCAAGAUCGCCGAGCGCAAGGACGGGGAGGCCGCCGUCAUGGUGUCGCAGUUCAUGGUCGAGCUGGUCGGCACCAAGGCCGUCGACGGCGAGGCGCCGCCCAGGAUCCUGCACUUCAACCCCAGGAUCCGCGGGGACUACAGCCGGAAGCCCGUCAUCGAGAUGAACAGCUGCUACCGGAUGCAGUGGGGGCAGUCGCAGCGCUGCGAGGGAUUCGCCUCCCGCCCCGCCGAGGACACCGUUGACGGGCAACUCAAGUGUGAGAAAUGGAUUCACGACGAUGACAACAAGUCAGAGGAAUCAAAGAUGAAAUGGUGGGUGAAACGAUUGAUUGGCAGACCAAAGGAUGUCCACAUCAGUUGGCCAUACCCGUUCACAGAAGGCAAGCUAUUUGUUAUGACUUUAACAGCUGGUUUGGAAGGUUACCAUGUCAAUGUUGAUGGGCGGCAUGUUGCUUCAUUUCCUUACCGCACUGGUUACUCUCUUGAGGAUGCAACUGCGUUGUCUCUGAAUGGAGACAUUGAUAUCGAGUCAAUUUUUGCUAGUUCUCUACCCAAUUCACAUCCUAGUUUUGCUCCCGAGCGAUACCUUGAGAUGUCUGAACAGUGGAAAGCCCCACCGCUGCCCACUGAACCUGUUGAGCUUUUCAUAGGCAUUCUCUCUGCAGCCAGCCAUUUUGCUGAGCGUAUGGCUGUAAGGAAAUCAUGGAUGAUGUAUACAAGGAAAUCAUCCAAUAUUGUAGCUCGGUUCUUUGUGGCUCUGAAUGGAAAAAAGGAAGUUAAUGCAGAGCUCAAGAAGGAGGCAGAGUUCUUCCAGGACAUUGUUAUAGUGCCUUUUAUUGAUAGCUAUGACCUUGUUGUGUUGAAGACCGUUGCCAUUGCUGAGUAUGGGGUGCGCGUUGUCCCUGCAAAGUACGUAAUGAAAUGUGAUGAUGAUACAUUCGUCAGGAUCGAUUCAGUACUGGAUCAAGUGAAGAAAGGUCGAAAUGAUAAAAGCGUUUAUGUCGGAAGUAUAAACUACUUCCAUCGACCACUAAGAUCUGGCAAGUGGGCAGUAACUUAUGAGGAAUGGCCGGAAGAAGUGUACCCGAAUUAUGCGAAUGGACCUGGCUAUGUAAUUUCAUCUGAUAUUGCUCACUACAUCGUGUCUGAAUUCGACAAUCAGACACUUCGGCUGUUUAAGAUGGAGGAUGUGAGCAUGGGCAUGUGGGUGGAGAAGUUCAACAAGACGCGGCGGCCGGUGGAGAUCCGGCACGACGUGCGGUUCUACCAGUCGGGCUGCUACAACGGCUACUUCACGGCGCACUACCAGUCCCCGCAGCACAUGAUCUGCCUGUGGCGGAAGCUGCAGUCUGGGAGUGCCCGGUGCUGCAAUGUGAGAUGACGAUGGCGAAAACCUGAUCUUUGUGGCUAAUUCCACUUUUGAGGUUCAAAGAGGACAGACAGAUGGUGGACGACGGGUCGACAGCCCGUAAGAACAGCUCGCUUAUGAGGAACGACGGCUGACGACCCGGUGGUGGUGGGGAUGAGUUUGGAGGAGUUUGCUCCUCUUGACUUUGUGAUACGAUCGAUGAUUCGUUCAUUCUUUUGAUCGGUGGCCCGUUUCAGCUGCUGAUUCUGACAGUCCUGAUCGAUGUUCUUGGUCAGGGAUUCUUUUAUACACUACUACUACCUGUUGAUAGUGUAGCUGCGUCAAACUUUUUUGACCUAGAAAUUUUGACUUGGGCGAGUUGGGUUAGUAUACUGGCGGUGUUUGUGUAUAAAAAGGAUUUUGUGAGUUGGGAUUUAUAUAUUUAUUAUCUUAUAUAAGAGUUGUGUGGACGAUACUUGACAUCAGAACUUCCGAUCA